GUUUCACGCGUGUUGCGAUACCGUAUUUUGCUUGAAUUUGCAUCUUUGAUUAUUUAAAUGUAGACCGCUAGUGUUAUUGCAUUUACACCUGUUGUCAGAAAUUAGCGCCACCACUAAUGAAGAUCUGAAGCUUAGGUGGAGCAUACAUGACUUUUCGGUGUUUGUGAGGUUAACAACGUCAUAUGAAAAGAUAAACGCAAUAAAAUAUGACAAAACUGUUGGAAUGGUUGUCGGGUGCAACUGUGGCUUGCGGCUUGUGGGUUGCUAUGCUUACAAGCAAUCUUCCUCUUUUUAAGCAGUCGCACGAAAUUAUACUUUUCCUUCCAGUCAUCUGUCUGUUCCUUUUUGGCCUAUACGCAGCUACUGUUAUUCUGUACAGAGUAUUUACCUUUAAUACUUGUAAAAGUGCAGCCAUCGAACUCCAGCAACAAAUAAAAGAAGCUAAGAAAGAUCUGCAAAGCAAAGGUGUAACACUGUCGAGGGCUACUAGUUCUUAAAGAAGAAAGAACUUUUGUAAAUAAAACACAGCGAUCUGUGCAGUUUGUACGUUUUCUGAAUUUUUAUAUGCAUACGACCAUAUUAAUUUCAUAACGUUAUAAACUGUAUGUGAUGAUAUGCAUUUCUCUUUAAGCUAACUUAUACUUCUUGCUCUAUUUAUAGAAUAAUUGGUGGAACGUAAAUAAAGAAUAACGAUGUCUGUUGC